GGUGGAGGGGAUAACCACGGCACUCGCAGCAGCAGUGGUCGGAGCGCGCCAACCGCAGCAUGCUGUUGACAUCGCGUCAGUCCUGACUUUGUUCAGUUGUUCUCCGUCUUGUUUUCAGUUUGGAACGCGUAUGUGCUCGGUGAGAUGUUGCCUUGUGAGCAAUGGUAAUAAUCGAAGAGCGUGCGAGAGGAUGUACUUGCGCUGAGUUACUGCAGUAAUAAUAUAAAUUGACAUAAGUAUGUACAUCGCAGGAGACCAGUUGAGAGAUGAUACACGAACCAUAGAUACAAAAAGUUUGCUUGAUUCUGUAAUUGCAAAAUAUAAUAGUAUUACAAUCAAAUCACCUUCUGUCUUUUAUAAUAGAUUUAACCAAAAUUGGCGCAUAGAACCUGAAAUGAGACCUUAUUGGGCCGCAUCCUUCUUGCUACCAGUUGGAUCUAUUUUUAUUCUUGCAGUGGUUGUUUUGCUAAUGGUACUGUUCAAACGAUGUCCUCAUACAGUAGCCGCGAUUGUUACGGCAAUGCUCACUAUUAUUAUCAUAUUAACGACUAUAGUGUCGCUUAAUCAUGAUCCAGUUUAUACUUAAUACAUUUAUACCAAAUAAUUUUAUAUAUUGACUAUUAUAUCUUACAUCCUUCUUCCAUAUACAUAUACAUUGAAUUAAGAAUUCACAACUGAUAUAUACAAGAAUUUUUAUGGCAAUAUUACAUAUAUUGAAUAAAUAGAUAUGUUACUUACUACUA